CCACGCCUACCCACUGCGCCUGCGCGAGGCGCCCCCUCCGGCGAGCGGGGAGACUGGCGCUGGGCGGGCCGAGAGGCUCGUCGCGCCUGCGCGAAGGCCCCGGGGAGCAGCGUCGUUACUUUCCAAACGACUGGCGGGAACCGUUGGAGGCCGUGCGGUCGCCGUCUGGUCUGCCGGGCAGCAGCGCGCUCCCUCGUCCCUAGGCCUGGCCGUGGCGCCGCAGCUCUCCCGCGAGCAGAGGCGGAAAUCGUGGCCCAGUUCUUCUAUUGGUUAUACAAGUGUUCAGUUCAGAAACUGGUGGUAUUCAUCUCAAAUAUUGAAAGCGGUGAAGUCCUUGAAAGGUGGAAGUUUGAUAUUGAGUGCGACAAGACUGCAAAAGAUGACAGCACACCCAGAGAAAAGUCUCAGAAGGCCAUCCAGGAUGAGAUCCUCUCCGUAAUCCAACAGAUCACAGCUACCGUGACAUUUCUGCCGCUGUUGGAAGUCUCUUGUUCAUUUGACCUACUGAUUUAUACAGACAAGGAUUUGGUUGUACUUGAAAAAUGGGAAGAGUCAGGACCACAGUUUGUUACCAAUUCUGAGGAAGUCCGUCUUCGUUCAUUUAGUACUACUAUCCACAAAGUAAAUAGCAUGGUGGCCUAUAAAAUUCCCACCAGUGACUGAGGAUGAGAUAAGGACAGUGAUGUACUUGUAGUUCUCAGAUGCGGUUUUCCUGAAACCAAGUCAACUAUAGUUGAUAAAUUUUGUAUCACUGGUUAAUUUUUAGACUGGGAAAACUUAACAUUCUACAUCUAUUGAACUGUGCAUAAUUGUCCAAUUUUUUCUACCUGUAUAACUUUAUACAGGGUUGACAUAAAUUAUUGCACGUUGUUCAAAAGGGAACUAGCAGAUCACAUCAGCAUUGUUGUCAAUUCCUUGAAAGUGGUAACUGUAGAUGGAUAACUUUUGCCAUAAAACUAAAUGCCUUCUUAAAUCAGACCUUUUGGUCAAGGACUUUGACUCUGGAAUAUAGGUAGGGAGAUAUUAAAUGUAAAAUACAGCAACAGAAGUCUGAAUAUUGAGAGUGUUUGUUUAGAUUCUGAAAUUAUCUAACGAUAACUUGCAAGUAAUGAAACAUUGCUCAUAAUAGGUCUCUGCCAUUUAUUUUAUUUGUCUAUUUUCCAUAUUGAAAACAUUUCCAAUGAUUUGAUUUUAAUUUGUUGUAGAACUCGAACCUACAAAGCUACGUAUAUUGCCACUGUUUAAAUUCCUGUGAUACAGAACUCUUAAUUUUUUUUAUGUUUUCUAAAAUCAAGCUUUAAAUGAUGAUGAAAUAAAGUUAAAUAUGUAUGUUUAAAAUUUGUCUUAAAGUAUGUUUAUAUUGGUGUGGUAUUAACACAUACAAUAGAAUGGAUUCAGUAUAGCAAAUAAUAUCUUGUGCCUACUGAGGCCUAAGGAUACAAACUUGAAUAAAUCUGGAGUUACUUUCAAUUUAAUGAACAAGCUUUGAUUAUAUCCCUUUAAUCUUAUAACCUUAGACUUAAAAUAAGCAUCAUUCUCUGUAAAAAAUAAUAGAUGUCAUUGGAAUUAAUUCAUUUUAGCAUGUAGUGUACUGGAGAACUUUUCUAUCCUCUUAGCCUUAUUGCCAGCCUAGUUUUCCUUAUUUUUUAAGGGUCAGUUUAAGGCAAACUUCUGACGUCUUUUCUCAUCUCUAUUCUAAAUGUUACCUUGUUUUGUAAUUAAGUGCUUAGUAUCAGACACCGUUCUAAGCUUUUUAUAUGAUUUAACUCAUUAACCUUCACUAUAAAGUAAAACACAUGGCCUGUAUCACUCAUUCAGAAAUUACAAAGUGAGCACCUGUUAAAGUGCCAAGUAUUAGGAUGAAUGAAACAAAGUCCUGGUCUUUCUAAAGCGUGAGAUAUGGAGAGGAAAAUAGAUGGCAAUCUUCCAGGCAGUUACUACACAGGUUUAUCUCAUUAUGUAUUUGUCUUUGUUUUUUCACCUGAGUAAUCUAAUCUCUUUG